AUGAGAAGCAGAUUGGAGAUCUGUCUCGUAAAAGUCGACGAGAUGCUGGGCGGUCGACGUACCCAUUCACCUCCACGAGGAACAGGAACAAGGACAGGUGAAGAUGAGCCCGCUGAAGCAGGAUUAGAUGACAUCUCUGUUGGGGAUGUCUUGACUGCAGCCGAGGAGCUGCUACAAGGAGAAGCCGGUGACGAUGGGUUUCCAGCCAAGGAAGGUGGCUGA